UAUCGAAGUGUAGCAGUCAGCACUAAGCAACGUGUUUGCGACAGUCGUAACUCGUGCCUUGUUGAUUUUGAACGUUCGCGUUGUCUGCGUAUUUGUGAAAAGCCUCAAAGUUACACCAAUUUCAGUUCUUGACCAUUAGAAAUGGCAACGCGACAAGAAAUCCUUUUACAAAAUUUUCAAGUCAAUUGGACAAAUCUAAGAGAUGACACAGGAAAACUUUUAUGGCAGGGCAAUGAAGACCUGUCCUGCCCGGAUACCGAACAACAAGUUCAUGUUCCAAAAGAAAUUUUAAAGUGUCAGACUGUUACCAGAGACAUGAGUUUUACUUCGGUAGAACAAAUGGAACAAUUUAGGAUCGAGCAGAGGGUUCUUUUUAAAGGACGUGUUUUUGAAGAAUGGUUCUUUGAAUUCGGCCCCGUGCAAGCUUGCAGUACUAAUGUUUGGCAAAGUUCGUUCAGAGCUGCACCUGAAAGUCAAAUCAUGCCGGCUAAAGUUCUGGAUGGGAACAUAAUUAUCGAGACAAACUAUUUUGAUGGGCUAGAAUGCUUUGCGUCAAGUCGCCUCCGUCUGUUUUACGUUUAAGAUCGCAUUUUAGGUUAAUUGUGUAAAUAUAGAAUUUAAUGUUCAGUUUUGUAUCAUUUAGCUGAUACUUUGGUUAAACAAUACCACAGUAUUAAACCAU